AUGAACAAUAUCACAUAUAGCCGACGCAAACCAGCUAGCAUUCGACCAAGAGGGGAAGGUGUCUACGUAGCUGAGUUUACUCCUCAAACCGAAGGUCCACAUCGUAUUGAUAUCAACUGGAGUGAUAAACCAGUACGUCAAAGUCCAUUUAACGUUCAAGUUCUGCCGAGUUUUGAACCACAGAAAGUCGUUGUUGACGGACCCGGUAUUCGUAACGGUAUUCCUGCUUCACUUGAAACUUCUUUUCGUAUUGACACAAGUGAAGCUGGUCUCGAACAACCCGAAGUUUCGAUAAAGAAUCCCGAAGGCGUUUUAGUUUCUUCGAAAUUAAUCGAUAAUAAAGACGGCACAUACAAAGUUAUCUAUAAACCAAAUGAUGUCGGUCGAUAUAUAAUUAAUGUCAAUUAUGGCGGUAUUCCGGUUCUUAAUUCUCCGUUCAACGUAAAAGUGGAGCCGACUGGAGAUCCAACUAAAUGCCACCUUUCUGGCAGUGGCACCAAUUCUAGUGUCCAAGUGGGUGAAGAAUAUACGAUUACUGUCGAUACGCAUGACGCUGGUCCAGGCGCGGUAACAUGUCGUAUUCGUUCGACUGCCGGCAGUGAUCUUGAUAUUGAUAUUGUCGAUAACGAAGAUGGAACAUUCAAUGUAUACUACACUCCACAUAAUCCCGGAAAUUAUGUUGUCAAAAUUAAAUUUGGUGGACAAGAUGUUCCAGGUGGUGAUUUCAUCGUCACGGCUGGUGAUUCUAGUAAAUACAACCGUACUCAAACAACAGAAACUGUAACAACCACGACGACAACGACAACAACUCAAUAUCGUCCCGUUGAUUUUCGCCUACCAGUUGGUGGAGGUCAGAUUGGUGAUAUAACCGCAUUAAUUCGAACACCCAACGGCAAAUUUCAUACCCCAAUUAUUGAUGACAAUCAAGAUGGAACUGUUUCGAUCAAAUAUCAACCAUCGGAGAUUGGUUUGCAUGAACUCGAUGUUUUCUAUCAAGGACAGCCAAUUGCCGGCUCUCCAUUCAAAUUUCAUGUCGACAAAGUCCAAACUGGUUAUGUUACUGCAUACGGGCCCGGUCUUAGUCAUGGUGUCUGCGAUGAACCAUGUAACUUUCGUAUUGUGACUAAAGAUGCUGGUUCUGGUGGUCUUUCCGUUGCUGUGGAAGGCAGUUCGAAAGCGGAAAUCCAAUGUAAAGAUAACAAAGAUGGAACAUGUGAUGUCACAUACUGGCCGACUGCACCAGGCGAAUAUACCAUUACAGUUAAAUUCGCUGACAAACAUAUCGUUGGUUCGCCGUUCACUGCGAAAGUCACUGGCGUUCCACCGGCAGUCGAAAAACAACGACAAUCACAAGUUAUGGUUGGCAGCCAAAGUGAAAUUAGUUUACGCGUCACUGAAUAUGAUAUACAUGACUUAACUGCUACGAUUCGAUCGCCCAGUGGGGUAGAAGAACCAUGCCUAUUGAAAAAACUGCCCAAUGGAAGUCUUGGAAUAUCGUUUAUCCCAAGAGAAGUUGGUGACCAUUUAGUGAAUGUCUACCGAGAAGGAAAGCAUAUUAAAAACAGCCCGUUUCGUAUUCAUGUUGGCUCAUCCGAAAUUGGAGAUGCUAGUAAAGUUAAAGUAUUUGGACGAGGUUUACAAGAAGGUUAUGCUAAUCAAACAAAUGAAUUUACUGUUAUUACACGUGAUGCUGGUUACGGUGGAUUAUCGCUUUCGAUCGAAGGGCCAUCCAAAGCGGAUAUUGAAUGUCACGAUAAUGAAGAUGGUUCAUGUCUCGUCACGUUCAAACCAACCGAACCUGGAAUUUAUAUUGUCAAUGUCAAAUUUGCUGAUAAACACGUCCCUGGAAGUCCAUUCACAGUCAAUGUUGGCGGUCAAAGUUCAAAUCGAUUACGUGAAAGUAUCACACGCGAACGUCGUGCUGCCGAUAUUACACAUAUCGGAAGUCAAUGUGAAUUGUCAUUGAAGAUUCCUGGUACAUCACCGUUUGAUAUGAGCGCCUAUGUAACAAGCCCAUCUGGACGUUUAGAAAACUGUGAAAUUAACGAUGUUGGAGAUUAUAACUAUUCAAUCAGAUUUGUUCCGAAAGAAAUGGGUGUUCAUACAGUUAGUGUGAAGCACAAAGAUAUUCAUAUUCCUGGUAGUCCUUUUGAAUUCACUGUUGGUCCACUUCAAGGUGGUGGUGCUCACAAAGUUCGUGCUAGUGGUAGUGGUCUACAACGUGGCGAAGUCAACGCUACAAAUGAAUUCAAUAUUUACACGCGUGAAGCGGGUGCGGGUGGUUUAGCUAUUGCUGUUGAAGGUCCAGCCAAAGCUGAAAUCGACUUCUUCGACCGUAAAGACGGCUCAUGUGGAGUUUCCUAUGUAUGUCCCGAAGCAGGCGAAUAUCAAAUUUCAAUUAAAUUCAAUGAUCAGCAUAUUCCUGAUUCACCGUUCAAUGUAUCGAUCGUCCCACCAUUUGGUGACGCAAGAAAAUUAACCAUACAUAGUCUCAAAACCAAAGGAUUAGAAAUCAAUCGUCAAUAUACGUUUUCAGUAAAUGUCAAUGGUGCACGCGGUCGUGUUGAUGCACGCGUCACUGCGCCCAGCGGAGCUGAAGAAUCGUGUGUUGUUCAAGAAAUCGAACACGAUCACUAUGCUAUUCAAUUUAUUCCAAAAGAAAACGGUAUUCAUUGGAUACACGUGCGUUUUAACGGACGCGACAUACCGGAUUCACCGUUUCGUGUUGUUGUCGGCCAAGCCAAUGCUGAUCCAGGUCGAGUAUUUGCUUCUGGCUCCGGUUUAUAUCAAGGAGAAACUGGUGAACCUUGUGAGUUUUUGAUUGACACAACUAAUGCUGGUGCUGGAGCGUUAGCUGUGACAGUGGAUGGACCAUCAAAAGUUCAACUCGAUUGUCGAGAAGUAGCUGAAGGCUAUCGUGUCACGUUUACGCCGACCGCACCGGGUGAUUAUCUUAUUUCAAUUAAAUUUGCUGGUACUAACAUUGCUGGUAGUCCAUUCAAAUGUACAGUUGGAGGUGGUGGUACGAGUACAAUUCGCAGUAGUGGAAAUGCUGGUGUAGAUGGUGGCUUGACUACAAUGACAACAUCUUCGUCAUCGUACGUUCAACGAUCUCAAGGAAACAUUACUUCUCAUACAAAAUACGAUACUAUCGAAAAAACGACAUCUUAUUCAUCAAGUUCACGAAAUAAUAACUAUGCAGUCGUUGACGCCAGUCGUGUGCGAGCAGCCGGAGAUGGUCUAUCACGUGCAUAUCGAAAUGAAAAAGCAACAUUCACAGUUGACACACGUGAUGGUGGUAAUGCAAUGUUAAUGGUCGGUGUAUUCGGCCCGAAAGCUCCCUGCGAAGAAGUGUUCAUUAAACACAUUGGGAAUAAUCAAUAUAAUGUUCAAUAUACUGUCCGAGAAAAGGGCGAAUAUAUGUUGAUUGUAAAGUGGGGUGAUCAACAUAUUCCAGGUUCUCCAUGGCAUAUCGAAGUUGUCUAA